AAUUCCAAUCAAUCUACCGCGACUAACACUAACAACCUUCACCUAAAUACAUUGGCAUAGCUAGCGUGGUUGCCUUUCCUCCAUUUAUAUUUAAACACACUAGUGCCCAGCUUAAAGCCAGCCCUUCUAUGUUUUACGUUCUAUAAAGGCCUUCUGGCCUUUGGCACAACAUAAAUAUUACUUCGCAUGACAUUCGUCGUAUAUGAAUGUAUGAGGAUAUCUUACGUAAAUAUAAAAAGACAUAACUGGCCUACAUAUAUAUAUUUUUAACAAUAUUUGACAUUUGGCAGUGAUGCAUUUCCUAUUGUAGAAAUAACUAACUCACAUGUACAAGUUUUUUACAUUUAUUUUUGUAAUUCUACGAAUACAUAAACAUGAAAUCGUCUUCACAUUAAAUGGCAAGUACGGAAAAGAAAGAUUUGUGUUUCUACUAAUCAUGCAAAAAAGUAAAGGUUGAUCUUUGAGCCGGCGUCGAAUAUUGAAUGCUACUUGCUGUUGGAAAGUUGGUCCCCCGAUGAAUCCUUGGACUUCUCUCUUUUUGACACCCACAAAAUCGAUGGGUUGCUUUGAGCGCGCAAGGGUUAUUAACUUUUUAGCUUAUAUCUGGGAAAUAUAUCUCGUUACCUGCAUCCAAAUGUGGGUCAUAAAGUGCCUUGUUAAUCCUCGACAGCUUGCAGGUCAUAAACCCAAGCAGAUGCAAAGUUAACUUAAGUUUACCUGCAACUGUAUAUAAAGAAGUCGCUGAAGCUGAAAUUGAGGCAGUUGAUCUUUGAUUUUGGCACGUCCAAGUCGCGAUGGUGCUAGAUGAUGUUAUGAGGAACAUUGUGAAGACAUUGAAGGAUAACUAUAGCUACGAGGAAAUUGCACAAAUGCUGGAGUGUGAUGUAGAAAGCGUGGCUAGCUGCAUUACGGAGGCUGAACUAAAUGUGAGCAAAAUGCCAAAGUUGAAGCUAAGACCGCUGCCCGAAUUACAGAAUAGGCGAGAUGUUGGACGGCCAAAAGUGUUUGAGAAUCGUAAAUUGGUGGAGCAAAUGCUUGGCGAACACCCACAUUACACGUCAAUAGAUGUGCAGCGUGAGUUAAUGAAUCGCUUUGGCAUUGAAGUUAGUCGUCGCACACUACAAAGACGCAUCAGUGAGAUUCGUUCGCGGCAGCCUCCUCCUAAGAACGGAACCUUAAGUGCGACUGUUCGGCAACGGCGCUUGGAAUGGGCACUCGCCCAUGCGGAGUGGACCGUACAGGACUGGCGCAACAUCUUCAACAUGGACGACCACAAAUCGAUGACGGACAGUCCAGCGCCCAAAGAAAUAUACUUGGACACAUUGCUGGGCCCAGAUUGCAGCGAUUGCAAUGAUUUGAAUCUGUUGGAGCAACUAAUCGACAUUAUACAGCCCAAAAUACAAGACCAGGCACCCCAAAAUGUUAACGAAUUUCGAUCGGUACUCUACGAUAUCUGGCACAGCGAUCAGGAGCUGGUCAACAAGAUAGAGCACCUAUACGAGUCGAUGGUAUGUCGUGUGGAGGCUGUCUUACAAACCGGUGACACAGAAAUCGACUUUUGCUAAGCAGCGCAGCUAUUAUAGAUAUAUUUUGUGAUAACAAAGAUACAAACAAUUGAACCA